CGAUUGCAAAUCUGUCAUCUGUCAAAUGUUCUAACAGAAGUUUUCAAAACAAAGUGAGAUUAAAUCUAAUUUUAACAAUGGAUAGCAAACUUUACGACACUAUUUUGCCAAAACAUAAAAUUUUUGAAGAUCUAAAAGAAAGCCUUCAAGAGAAUACAGGUGCCAAGUUGUAUAAUUUUAUGGAAUUAAGAGAUGAUGUUCUUUACAUUUGGAACUCUCUUGAAAAUUGCCUGUUUUGUCUGAAUCUGAAACAUUUGGAGGAGCAUCCUGAUGAUACACCGUACCAGCGCUUACAGCUUCUGUCGCCGCCAGAGUUCAGCGUGGAACGUAUGGUGGGCAGCGCGUGUGGUAGCCGGCUGUGCGUGUAUGGCGGACGUGGCGCCACGCUUGUCGAUCUGCCGGCACGUUGGGGACGCGCAGGACUCUUCGAUAAUGGCAACCAUACAGUAUUGUGCAAGAGUGUCUCCCUGGAUGAAAGGUUCCUGUUCUCCCAGGGUGAGGUCAGGCGUGUGCACUGGCACCCCAGCUCGCUCUCUCACAUCCUCGUACUCAUGUCUGAUAACAGCAUUAGAUUAUAUAAUAUAGCGUUAAAAUCUGGUCCGAAACUCAUCAAGUCCAUCCCAAUCGGUCUGAAGCCGUCCAGCCAACUGGCGGGGCGGACUAUCCUGGACAGCUUGGGAGAUACUGCCGUGGACUUCACUCCCCUGCCCAAUACUGAUUCCCUGCUCAUCCUGCGUGGCGACGGUGAAGUGUAUAUGGUGCAGUGUACUUUGGAUAGUAAAAGCCCCCUGCAGCCGAGGCUAUGGGGCCCGCUGCCUAUCUACCCUCCAGCAGAUGACAACUACGGCUCCGAGUCUUGUUCUAUCUGCGUGCUUGGCACCGGCGAUACCUUGCUUGUUGUCAUUGCCACUUGCUCCGCCACGCUUUACCACUGUCUGCUACUGCCUGCUCAAUCUGACGAUGUAAUUGACAGAAACGGAUACGCACUGUACGUGGUGGAGUCAGUAGAGUUGAACAUCAACGUGAGCGACGACGCGGAGUUCCCGCACUCCUAUCCGGUGCAUCUGUACCCGUGUACUAGCAACACGUACGCGUGCGUGCACGUGUGCGGCGUGCACACCGUGUCUCUGCCCAUACUGGAUAAACUGAAGGAAUACGUCGCUGCUGAUGAAGCGAGUGCGGAGAGGCUGGCGUGCGGCGUGUGCGCGCACAGCUCGGCGCAGCACGCCGUGCGCUGGCGGGGCGGCGCGGGCGGCGGGCGCGGCGCGGCGGCGGUGCGAGGCGCCCGCCCGCUGCUGCUGCUGCUGGCGCCCGGCGGCGCGCUGCUCACCAGGAGCCUGGAGCCCUAUGAGCUGGAGGAGAAGCUGUACCGCGAGAUCCAGCUGAGGAACACCAACCUGGAGCCCGACGACCUCAACAACCUGCUCAAAGAGAAGCAGAAAUUGUCGUUUGUGACGAUAAUUCAGGAGAUCCUGUCGAGGGAGGCUUCGCAGCCGCUGCUGCACCUCAGUAACACUGCAGCUGAUCAGCCAAGCCCUAAGGAAUGUCUGGAGCUAGUGACGCAAGCGACGAUCCUCCUCCGCAAGGAGUACAUGGGGCGGCAGGCGCGCGCCGCCAGCGCGCUCGCGCGCAAGUCCGCCGCGCUCGCAGCGCUCGCCAAGAACUUCGUCAUCUGGAGGAACAACAUCUCGGUGGAGAUGGAGAGCAUCGCGCAGCGCGGCCGCCGCCUGCAGCAGACGUGCGCGCUGGCGCAGCAGCAGCAGGAGGACCUCAAGCAAAGGUGCUCUGCGGUGUCGCGGCGGCUGCGCGCCGGCAGCGCGGCGUGCGGCGGCGAGCGCGCGCUGGCCGCCGAGCUGCAGCGCUACGGCCGCGCCGCCGCCGCGCUGCAGCAACAGAUACACGCGCUCGCCGCACACGCGCGCCACAGGGCCGACGAGCUGCGGCGCUGGCACGAGGAGUACAAGCAGAAGCAGACGGCGCUCGGCAAGACGCACAGCGACACCAUCUCCUCCGUGCUGCAGCAGCAAACUAGUCAAAUAUCAUCGCUGAUAGAAGAAACGAAACUUCUCAAGGAUCAGCUCAGUAUUGUGUAAAACAGCACUCUUUUGUAAUAUUUAAUUCAUGUGAAAUCAAUAAAAUAUGUCGAAAUUACAAAAAGACAUUACCACUGUUUAAUUCCAAAUAAAUUCAUACUCACGGUUCUUUAAAUUCGCUCAAUAAGAGAAAAAACAAUCAUUAAUUUUGCAUGUACUGUAAAGAACUUUGUUAUACUUAAAAGCUUGUUUGAAAUUUUUUGUACAAGUUAAGACGCGGAAAAAACUCAAUAGGAUGCAGUUUUUAAAUGAAUAAACAUUGGUUAAUUGCUUUUAUUCUAUCGUUUAAGUCUCAGCUAUCUAAAGAGACGGAGAUUGUAAGAAAAAACGCAAUUUUUCUGUAAUUGUAAUGCCGCGGAUUUUCCCAACUUGUC